UUGAAGGCACAAGACUUGUAUGAUGCAUACCUGCUCUCUGGGCUAAACAUUGAGGAGGUUUAUCCAGAGACGGCAAGUUUUAUCACUUACGAAGGGUCUAUGACAAUCCCACCGUGCUACGAGACCGCAACGUGGAUUCUGAUGAACAAGCCAAUUUACGUCACAAAGAUGCAGAUGCACUCCAUGCGACUGCUAAGUCAGAACCAGCCCUCGCAGAUAUUCCUCAGCAUGAGUGACAACGUGCGCCCGGUACAGCCUCUGAACAACCGCUGUAUCCGCACCAACAUCAACUUCAGCAUGCAGGGCAAGGACUGCCCCAACAACAGGGCACAGAAGUUGCAAUACCGAGUGAACGAAUGGCUGCUGAAAUAGAGCCAGGAUGUGGACCAGCCCAAGAACACUAACAUGAAAAAGAAUGAAGAGGAAGGCUCGUGGAUCAGUACAGAAUGAAGACUGACAUAUGUCCUGCCAGAUAAAAUCAUGACGUUGUAAAGAAAAAAACAAACCCCAGCAAGAAGAGACUUUGCACUCUUGGCAAAGUAAUCCAAUUUCAUACAUCCAAUCAAAACUAGUGACAUACAGUUAUAACUACACAAAUGUUUUGAUACCUUUUUUUUGGGG